UGCAUCUGUGCUUUGGGACGGUUUUAUUCGGUACAUACAUAUGCUACAAACCAAAAUCUUUCAUCAAUUGUUGCCAAAAGUAACCACGCGCGGUUCCUAUGACGAAAGCCGUGACGUUGCUAUAUUUCGUUGUCAGUAGAAGGUCAACGGAUCAUUUCCUCUUCAGCUUUCGUUCUACGACUCCAGUUUCUGUUUUGUUUCCACUUUCCACUGUCUUGGGAAGUUGAAACGUAGUAUAUGUUCAAAUCUGUAAGAUAAAAAUGUCAAGCUCCCAGUGCUUUGAGAACCCACCAAGCAAGAACGCGGCAUUUGGAGCAGGGACGGUUCAGGAACUCGGUGGCCUCACUGCAUAUCUCACUGGCCCUCCUGAUUCCAAGCUUGCCAUUCUUCUUAUUUCUGAUGUUUUUGGAUAUGAAGUGCCAAAUUUGAGGAAACUCGCAGACAAAGUUGCUGCGGCUGGAUACUUUGUGGUGGUUCCUGAUUUCUUCUAUGGUGAUCCUGCUGAUAUCGAUAAUCCUCAAUUUGAUCGAGAAGCAUGGAAAAAAAAUCAUAGGACAGAAAAAGGAUUUGAAGAUGCAAAACCAGUAAUUGCUGCCUUGAAAAGUAAAGGUGUCUCCGCCAUUGGAGCUGCAGGUUUUUGCUGGGGAGGGAUGGUCGUAGUAAAUUUAGCAAGUUCGGAUGACAUCCAGGCUGCAGUGGUGUUGCAUCCUGGUGGCAUAACAGAAAAAGAAAUCAAGGAGGUUAAAGUUCCAAUUGCUAUAUUGGGAGCUGAGAUUGACCAUCUUUCACCACCAGAACAACUGAAGCAGUUUGGAGACAUGUUGUCAACAAAGUCUGAGUUUGAUAGCUUUGUGAAAAUUUUCCCUGGGGUUGCACAUGGAUGGACAGUAAGGUACAAUGUUGAGGAUGAAUCAGCUGUAAAGAGUGCCAAGGAGGCUCAUGAUGAUAUGCUUAAUUGGUUUAUUAAGUAUGUGAAGUGAUGAAAAUUCUUAUGAUAGAAGUUGAUAAUGAACCAUGAUAAGGCGCAUACUUGUUUGCAAGACGAUUGGACUGAAGGCCAGAGAUUGUUGUAGUCUCAUUUGUAUGAUUUGAGGAUUAUCUCUUGUUUAGCUUCUCUAGACAUUGCUAGAAGGUCUAAUUGGGCAUUUUUCAGGCAUGAAAACUAUUUAUAUAUGCAUUUCUACUUGUAUUCUGCUCCAGCUUCAUAUCAUGGCAAUAAGCUGCACUUUGCUUGGCUGCUUUUGGUAUGUGCAGAUUAAUUGCAUCAUUAAAUAUUUAGCUUUU